CAUCCAAACAGCUUUCAAGGAGAAGCGUACAGUCCCUGCUAUACAGCUCUCGUCGGGGUCUUCUCCCCCUUCGGCCCUUCCCCCCUCCCUGCGCGCCAUGGAGGCCCAGGAGAUCGCCGCUGCAGCGCGCCACUUCUGCGCCAUGGUUCGAAUCGUCGGUCCGGACCCCAAGGCCGUGAAGAUGCGCCGCCACGCCUUUCAUUUUCACCAUUCGGGGUCGACCACGCUCUCGGCGUCGGCUCUGCUCCUGCCGCGGGGCGCUUUAGCGGAGCCGCCGCUACUUCUCGACCAUAUCUGCUCGGCCCACGGGCACGCGGCAGGAGACGUCGCGCUCACGGCUGCUUCCCUCGUCGAGCCGUUCCUGGUCGCGGAGCAGCGCAAUAACUCCGGCGAGGAGCUUCAGCCGAGGUUGGUUCCGGAGACGCGUCUUGAUGUGUUUGUUGAGUAUGAGUUGGGGAAUGCUCAAGAUGGGAAGUCUGGACCUCCGCGGUGGCUUCCAGCUCGACUGCUUGCCAUGGUUGAUGUCCCAACAGCUGCUGUUUCUGCUUUAUCCUUAUUGAGACAUGACGAUUCAUUCAUCAGAAGGCCAACUUGGGAUGUAGGCUGGUCAUUGGCUGAUGCUAAUCAGAAACAGGUCUCUUUGUUCAUCGAAUCAAAAUCUUCCCUCGAGUCUAACAGGAAUAAUUCAUCUUUGGAGUCAGUAGACUCAUUGAUGUUGGCCAAGUCUGCCACAAGAAUUGCUAUUCUAGGAAUUUCAACCUCCAAUUUAAAUGAUGCAAGACGUAUCAAUGUUUCAGUGAUGCAACAACGAGGGGACCCUUUGCUUAUAGUAGGAUCUCCAUUUGGCCUCAUGUCACCCUUCCAUUUCUUCAACAGUGUAUCAGUUGGUGCUGUUGCAAAUUGCCUUCCUCCAUGCACUGCAAGGAGCUCAUUACUGAUGGCUGACAUGCACUGUCUCCCUGGCAUGGAAGGCGCUCCAGUGUUUGACCAAAAUUCUUGCCUCGUGGGGCUGCUGAUGAACCCAUUAACACAGAAAGGCAGCAAUAUAGAAGUCCAGCUCGUGAUUACAUGGGAUGCAAUAUGCACGGAAUGGAACAGCAAAAAACUGGAGGAAAUUGAACGACCCCCAAGAAAACUACCUAAUGACAAAAAUACAGAUAGUAAAUCUAUGGAAUUACGGCAUGUAUAUAACUAUGUGAGGGUUUUCUCUUCUACGGACAACAAAACUAAUCAGCAUUGCAUAUCACCCCGUUCGCUCAGAGAGGCUAUAUCUGCAGUUGUUCUUGUCACGGUUGGUGAUACGUCUUGGGCUUCAGGUAUUGUUCUGAACAAAAGGGGUUUAGUUCUGACAAAUGCUCAUCUCUUGGAACCUUGGAGAUUUGGAAGAACUUCACCUUCAGAUUUACAAGCCUCGUUCGCUGGAGAACAUCUCAAUGCUGGAGAAAACAAAUCAUUGCAACCACAACAAGGCAAAAUUUCCAAUGAAGAUGCUGUCAAGCAUAAGGUUUCGUCAUUUAACUUGGGUUUCAAAAGAGGGAAGAGAAUAUCUGUUCGUUUGGACCAUGAAGAGAGACAGAUAUGGUGCAAUGCUAGUGUGGUUUUCAUCUCAAAGGGUCCACUUGAUGUUGCAUUGCUUCAAAUAGAAAAGGUUCCAGUUGAAUUAAAUACAAUCAGACCAGAAUUUGUUUGUCCAACAGCAGGGUCGCCUGUUUAUGUUGUUGGGCAUGGCCUUUUUGGACCCCGAUCAGGCCUACACUCUUCUCUAUACUCGGGGGUUGUGUCAAAGGUUGUCCAAAUCCCAGCAAAUCAACUUUCUCAUCUGGCCCGUGCUGAGGCUGACAAUAUGGACAUACCAGUAAUGCUUCAGACAACAGCAGCAGUUCAUCCAGGAGCCAGUGGCGGCGUUCUUGUUAAUACACAUGGGCUAAUGGUUGGGAUAAUAACAAGUAAUGCUAAGCAUGGUGGUGGAAGCACAAUACCUCAUCUGAAUUUCAGCAUCCCCUGCAAAUUACUGGUUGCAGUCUUCGAGUAUUCAGCAAAUGGAAACCUCGUGGUUUUGGAGCAGUUGGACAAACCAAAUGAAGUGCUCUCAUCAGUUUGGGCAUUGGCACCAUCAUCAUCCCCAUUUGUCAGGAGCUCCCCAGAAAAAGGCAAAGAGGAAAAGGUCUUGGAGUUCUCUAAGUUUCUUAGUGACAAGCAACAAGCUCUGAAAUCUAACGUAGAUCUGAAGGAACUAUUUAGGUACAAGACUCCCAGCAAAAUAUAGAGUGCGUCCACUAGAAUUCAUACAAGGAAAAUGUUUGUUCCCAGAAUUUUGUAUGAGACGUUUGAUCCCAGAAAUCCCCAGUACAAAAUGAGUUAUCAGAGCACAGUGCCUUUUUUUUACAGAUGGUUAAGGCAUAAGCAUCUUUUCUUCGAGUGUCAGGUAGCGCGGGCUAUAUGGCAUACUGUUCAAAUCGCUACAAUUUUUACCCUCCCUCUAGUGUCGUGAAUAUGUUUAGGUCAUAGCUAGGGGGAUUGGUAAAGAUUUAAAAUUGUUAGCUCUUUUAGGGGCAGCAGCAGUUUGUUGGGCCAUUUGACAUUGCGUUUCAAAGAAAAUAUGUGACAAACUCUUUACAGGUUC